AUGGCCAAUGCAGCGCAAUGUUACUAUUGUUUCGAAACCCUGUCCGCUUCAUUUGAGAACCGCGAGUCAGCCUCUCUGGCAGCCGUAGAGGCUCUCUGGGAGCAGCACGAGCAGUCUAAGAAGUUAUCAGACCUCGAGGCCCGGGGGGAGGGUGCCCUUUCGGACGAGGACGCAGAAGAUGACGAAGAGCCAUGUCUGUCAGAGUCUGUAAAUGACGACGAUGACGGUGAUGCAAAGCGGUUGUCCAAGAGUAAUCGGCCUCCGGGCCUUAAAUUACGCAGCAUCAAUCGUCUGCAGAAUCAAAUCCCCUCCGACUCAUCCAGUGCGGCAACCACGCCAUCUUCCGCUUCCAACACAUCUUCCAAUUCCCAGUUGUCUAGCUCGACCGCUAUGACGACACCUGGCUCUCUGUCAGAUGUUCCUGGGUCGCGAAAUAAAUCAACGGACCAGAAAUACCCAUUAUUCGUGACCUGGAAUACCAUCUCUAGGAGCGGAUCUAAGUCCCUACGCGGCUGCAUAGGCACCUUCGAAGCGCAAAACCUCCCAGCGGGACUGAAGUCGUAUGCAAAAACCUCGUAUGUUAUUACUUCUCACCGUUCACCAUGCUCCUCUACACCUUUCACUUAUUUUUCCCUUGUGCCAGCCAAUGACCCCUCAACUAACCGUGAAAAUAGGGCUUUUGAAGACACCCGCUUCGCUCCGAUUCCUCGGUCUCUUCUCCCUUCGCUGUCAUGCUCUUUGACCCUUCUGGGUUCGUUCGAGCCGUGUACCAAUGCCAUGGACUGGAUUCUAGGUACCCACGGCAUCCGUAUCUCAUUUGUCCACCGUGGCCGGCGCUAUGGUGCGACGUAUUUGCCCGAUGUUGCUGUCGAACAAGGCUGGACAAGAGAAGAAACAAUCGAAAGCUUAAUGCGGAAGGCUGGGUGGGAUGGCGGUGUUGGUAGCGUUGCUAGGAGACUUCUGCGAACCAAUGCUGGAGGGUCAAAUGCCGAGAAGCCCUGGGAACAGGUCUCGGAUUUCCGGACUGUCAAGUAUCAAGGACUGAAGGCGAGUGCGAGUUACGCGGACUGGCAGGAAUGGCGAAAGUGGGUGUUUUCUUUGGAUGAUGGCCAGGAACUGCUUGGUUUAGCCUGA